UUCCCAAGCCCCCAAUGCAUGCUGGGAGUUGCAGUCCCUUUUCGAAAGGCUGGGGCUGCCGUGAGGUCAUCGGUGGUCGCCGGGAGCCGCCAGCACGUGGCGAGGAAGGGGCGGUGCGCGCCUGCUGUCUGCACCUGAGAGGGGGCAGGAGCUGCCGGCGCUUGCGCCUCCUGCUGCGGUGCCCUGCAGACAUGCCGGAGGAGGCGGGCUUCCCGCCGGCCAAGAGAUUCCGGCCGGGCUCUGGGCCUCGGAGCCGCUCUGGGUCCUUCCCUCCCGGGAGGCAAGUGGUGAUGCUGCUGACUGCGGGCAGCGGCGGCAGAGGUGGAGGAGGAGGCCGGAGGCAGCAGCCGCCCCUGGCCCAGCCCUCGGCCAGUCCCUACCCUGAAGCUGUGGAGCUGCAGCGCCGGAGUCUGCCCAUCUUCCAGGCGCGGGGACAACUGUUGGCCCAGCUCCGAAACCUGGACAACGCGGUCCUCAUCGGGGAAACUGGCUCUGGGAAGACAACUCAGAUCCCUCAGUACCUGUAUGAAGGAGGGAUCAGCCGCCAGGGCAUCAUUGCUGUGACCCAGCCUCGUCGAGUAGCUGCCAUCUCUCUUGCUACUAGAGUCUCAGAUGAGAAGAGAACUGAACUCGGGAAGCUGGUCGGCUAUACAGUGCGCUUUGAUGACGUCACCUCAGAAGACACCAGGAUCAAGUUUCUGACAGAUGGCAUGCUUCUGCGCGAAGCAAUUUCAGACUCUUUGCUUCGGAAGUACAGCUGUGUCAUUUUGGAUGAAGCUCACGAACGGACUAUCCACACAGAUGUGCUCUUUGGAGUGGUGAAAACCGCACAGAAGAGGAGAAAGGAACUAGGGAAACUUCCUCUGAAAGUGAUUGUGAUGUCAGCUACGAUGGAUGUGGACCUGUUCUCUCAGUAUUUCAAUGGCGCCCCCGUCCUCUACCUAGAGGGUCGGCAGCAUCCGAUCCAAGUGUUUUACACCAAACAGCCUCAGAAUGAUUACCUGCACGCCGCGCUUGUCUCAGUCUUCCAGAUCCACCAGGAAGCCCCUCCUUCACAGGACAUCCUGGUGUUCCUCACUGGGCAGGAGGAGAUCGAAGCCAUGAGCAAGACCUGCCGAGACAUUGCAAAGCACCUCCCAGACGGCUGCCCUGCGAUGCUGGUCCUUCCGCUGUAUGCCUCCCUGCCCUAUGCGCAGCAGCUGCGAGUCUUCCAAGGGGCCCCAAAGGGCUAUCGCAAAGUGAUCAUUUCAACCAACAUCGCUGAAACCUCCAUAACCAUUACAGGAAUAAAAUAUGUAGUUGACACGGGCAUGGUUAAAGCAAAGAAGUAUAACCCUGACAGUGGUCUUGAGGUGUUAGCAGUGCAGCGAGUAUCGAAGACGCAGGCUUGGCAGCGCACAGGGAGGGCUGGCAGAGAGGACAGUGGCAUCUGUUACCGGCUCUACACAGAGGAGGAGUUUGAGACGUUUGAUAAGAUGACCGUGCCAGAGAUCCAGAGGUGUAACCUGGCCAGUGUGAUGCUUCAGCUUCUGGCAAUGAAAGUCCCAAAUGUGCUCACCUUUGACUUCGUGUCCAAGCCAUCUCCAGAUCACAUUCAGGCGGCCAUUGCCCAGCUGGACCUGUUAGGUGCUCUCGAACAUAAAGAUGACCAGCUUUCCCUGACUCCAAUUGGAAGAAAGAUGGCGGCAUUUCCUUUAGAACCCAAAUUUGCCAAAACCAUCCUCAUGUCCCCCAAAUUCCACUGUACAGAGGAGAUCCUGACCAUUGUCUCCCUGCUGUCUGUGGACAGCGUCCUCCACAACCCUCCUUCCCGGCGAGAGGAAGUGCAAGGGGUCCGCAAGAAGUUCAUAUCCAGCGAGGGGGAUCACAUGACCCUGCUCAAUAUCUAUCGGACCUUCAAAAACCUGGGUGGAAAUAAGGACUGGUGCAAAGAGAAUUUUGUCAACAGCAAGAAUAUGAUGCUGGUCGCUGAAGUCAGAGCACAGCUGAGGGACAUCUGCUUGAAGAUGUCAAUGCCAAUCAUGUCAUCCCGAGGAGACAUGGAGAGUGUCCGCCGCUGCCUGGCUCACAGCCUCUUCAUGAGCACCGCCGAGCUUCAGCCAGACGGUACCUAUGCCACCACGGACACCCACCAGCCGGUGGCCAUCCACCCAUCAUCUGUCCUCUUCCACUGCAAGCCGGCCUGCGUCGUGUACACCGAGCUGCUCUACACCAACAAGUGCUACAUGCGGGACCUCUGCGUCGUGGAUGCAGAGUGGCUGUACGAGGCUGCCCCUGAAUACUUUAGGAGGAAGCUGAGAACCACCAGAAACUGAGCCGCCCCAGGAUGCCAGGAUGCCACCAGAAUCGCUGGUCCCUGGGAGCUUGGACUUCAGUCGUCCUCACAGCAGCCUUCCAGGUUGGCACUUAGAGAAGCCUUGGAGUCAGCUGAGCGUGCCUGACUUCCAGGAGCUUGAAAGCAUCUUUGCUUCAACUCCUAGGACUGAACCAUGUAGACAUGGACAUAUCAUUUGUACCUGGAAACUUCAAAAUUAUGCUUUUGGUUCUUACUGGCUGACUUUGACUUAAUUAACACCUGAGCCUCAGUUUUCUCAUCUGCCAAAUGGGAGCAAUAAUAAUAAUCCUUAUAAAAUUGGGUUCAUAAAGUUUAGAGAAAAUGAAUGGAAAGUACCCAGAACUAUGCCUGGAGCACGCCACACAUACAGUGAGUUGGGAGCCAUUAGGCUGAAUAUUAGUGCUUUCCACGUGAUGUGAAUUAGGUACAGCAACAUCCCAAGUUCUUGUGACUAAGGGCGAUUUUCUGGAAGGGCCACAGGAGGUUGCGGACCUUGGAUGUUGCCCUUGGUUCUUGUUUAACGUCUAUCUGUAUGCAGUUUUAAAAUAGAAAACACAACUGACUUCUGUAGAAGUUUCCAGAGGGGGGUGCUGUUACCUCAUACCUCCUGGGAUGGCGAUCCCUACUGAACACUUACGUCUAGGGGUGGACCGCUGUCUGUCUGUCUCCAAGCAGAGACCAGUAAAGGAGCCUCCUGGUCCUCGCCUGCGAAACCCGUAUCUGGAAGAAUCACCAGCUCCCCUGAGCAGCUUCAUGUAAAUAGAUGCACUCCAAGCAGAUUGCAUGCCUCAGGUGUUUGUCUUCUAGUAAUCAUGGAGUAUGCAACACCCAGAGUAACACGACAAGGGGCAGGACUGCAAACAGCAGGUCCUGCUACAAACCCUUAAUGCUGCAUUGCUGCCAGUUGUAAAGAGAUGCCUGAAUGGAGGUAAGUUUUGCCCUGUGGGUAAAACUGAUGAAGUACUGUACUGUCAUAUAUAAAUCCACUAAAUCCAGCUACUGGGAACUGCCUGGAACUAUGGCCAUGCAUUUCUUUUUUCUUUAAAGACCAGUGUGAUAGCAGGCCAUGCAUCUGAGAUACGAUAUUCCUUGGUAACUAGAGGGAGGAAAAAAAACAUCAAGUAGGUUCAGGCUAUGUUGUAUUUUGAGAAUCUGGUUUUAUUUGAACAGAAAUAACUCUACAGAAAGCUCCUGUAAAUAAUGCUCAAAUUUGCACUCAAUGAUCAAAUCCAUUAAAAAUGAAUCUUGUAUAU